CCCACUCAAGUCGGCAGUCGACCCAACUGAAUUGAACUGAAAUCGUGAUCUGUGUUCUCCGGAGUGAACUGCAUUUCAUGCACAUUAUCAUUGGCGCAGCAACUUGUUUUCAAAGUCAUUCCGUGUCGGCGGCCAGUCGCUAAACAAAUUGUGCAUUUUUAAAGACUGCCAAUUGCCAGUGCGAAUCACAGACACUUUAUGACAUAUUUUUUUGGAUUUUCUGGAGCUUCCUGACACUGCGUGCAUCAGCUGCAUACGUAAACCCAAGGAAACAGUUCACAAGAAAAGGGAAAACGAAGCACACGGCCAAUAUGCAAAUGGAAAAGCACACCAUUCUGAUUCUCCUGCUGCUGGCACUGAUUCUUUGCGCCGAUUCUUCGCAAGCCGCCCGUCGCCUGCGGAAGAAGCCCAAGGUCUACAACGCCCUCAUCACCACCGACGACAACCUGACCUCCAGUCGCGCCUACCCGGUCAUCCAGCCCACCAUCCACGAGCCGGGCUACGCCCCCUUCGGACCCUUCAAUCCCUACGGCUUCUACAGUCCUCCGAUCGUGAGGUUCGGCCAGCCGAUUGUGCCCGGACUGGCGCCCAACGAGAGGCUCCCGUACCCACUGCCAGCCGCCGCCCAGUAUCCCGCUGGCUAUGCUCCCUAUGAGCCCCAACAGCCCGUGGAGACGCCAGUGGAGCAGCAGCCCCAGCCGGCGUCGCCACCGGGAGCCGUGGAGCGACAGGAGAUGCCCAAGGAGCAGUUGCCCCUGCCACUCAAUCAGCACGGACUGCCGCCCAUGCUGAUUCCCCUACCCUCCCAGUUCAGAGGACAGCCCAUGCACCUGCCCCCCUACCCGUACAGCCAGUACCCAGUGGUCUACGAUCAGGCGGGCUUCAUCAGGCAGAACUACCUGCCGCCGUACGACUACUACCCCACCCAGGGCUAUCCCGUGCGGGGAGCCACCUUGCCGCGCGAGGAGCAGGAGCAGCCACUUAAUCCCAACCAGAGUGGAGUUCAGCCACAGCCAGAGCCGCAGCCACAGCCACUUCCGCUGGAGAAUCUGGAGCCGGCGCAGCCCAGCUUCGAGGACAUUCGCAACGGAUCGGAGAGCAAAAACAGCGCGGUGCCGGAUGUUCCACCUCCGCCAAUACCCUCCGGACCCAAGCGUCCACGUCCCGCGGAACCGGAACUGGAACCUAAAGCGGAAGCGGACAACUGAUUGGAAGCCAAGUGAGGCCGGUUGCCCCGAUUGCACACACGUAUUUAUUACCAUUUCGCUUAGGCAUAAUAUCGAUUCGAUUGUACAAUGUCGCCCUA